AUGGCAGUUCCAGGUUGCAACAAGAACAGUGUCCGAGCAGGCUGUAAAAAAUGUGUCUAUCCUGGUCACCUGACUUUUGAAUGCCGCAAUUUUCACUGAGUAGACCCCAGAAGGGACAUAAUUUUGGAUGUCAGCAGCACAAGUAGUGAGGAGAGUGAUGAAGAGAAUGAAGAACUGAAUAAACUGCAAGCAUUACAAGAAAAAAGAAUAAAUGAAGAAGAGGAGAAGAAAAAAGCAAAAAGCAAAGAGAAAAUCAAGUUGCAAAAAAAAAGGAAAAGGUCUUAUUCAUCCAGUUCCACUGAAGAGGACACUUCAAAACAAAAGAAACAAAAAUAUCAGAAGAAAGAAAAGAAAAAAGAGAAAAAGAGUAAGUCAAAAAAGGGGAAGCAUCACAAACAGGACAAAAAGGAGAGAAAAAAGGAAAAGCAUUCCUCUGCCCCUAAUAGUUCUGAAAUCUCCAAAAAGUAACUGAGAC